AUGGCGGCCGCACAGGCAGCAGGAUUAAAGCCACCAAAACCUUUGGUUUUGGGUGACAACAUGGCUGAAGUGUGGAAAUCUUGGACCCGCCAGUUUGUUUGGUUUGCAACAGCGACACAGCUGAAUGACAAACCACCACAAGUGCAAGUAGCCACUUUCAUGACAGCGAUUGGGGCGGAUUGCAUUCGUAUCUUUGAUACAUUCAAUCUUACGCCGGAAGAAGAAAAUAAUCUAGUAGUGAUAAAGGCCAAGUUUGAUGAAUAUUUCAUCCCCAAAUCAUGUGUGACAUACGAACGUUACGUGUUCAACCAAAUUUCUCAAAACGAAGAUGAGUUGACAGAAACUUUCAUAACGCGAGUGAAAGAACAAGCAAAAAAGUGUGACUUCGUGCAAUUGCACGAUUCCCUGGUGAAAGAUAGGAUCAUAAUUGGGUUGAAAUUCACCAAACUUGUGCCGCAACUCCUGAAUGACUCAUUGACCCUGGACAAAACAAUCGAAAUGUGUCGGAACCAUGAGUUGACUGCCAGGCAGUCCCAAGCGAUGGCAUCCGUCGCAGUUGCUGAGAAAGUGGAAGUCUUGAAAAUGGACAGAAGAGAAAGAAAAAGUGAAAGAAAAGUGGACAUGAAAUUAAACAAACAAAGAUACGAGAGUGAUGAAAAUAUACAGUGUGAAAAGUGUGGAAGAAAUCAUAAAAAGUUUAAGUGUCCUGCUUACGGAAAGGAAUGCCAUACUUGUGGCCGCAGAGGACAUUUUGCCACUCAUUGUCCCGCCAGGAAAGCAAAAACGGUCCACGCAGUGUUGGCCGAAAAUGGGAGUGGUGAAAGUUCAGAAGAAGAGCUGUUUAUCGGUGCACUGGAAGCCUUGGAUGAAGGAGAGGAUUGGUUCGAAACAGUGAAAGUUAAUAUCAGCAAAGUUUCGGUGAAAUUAGAUACUGGUGCCCACUGCAAUGUUCUCCCACUUUGGAUGGUAGAGAAAUUAGACCUGUUGCCGCUAAAACCCUCGCCAACAAAGUGGUUGCUGACGUUCUCCAAUCACAAGAUGCGAGUUCUAGGGGAAGUUGACCCAGUUUGCACCGUAAAGCAAAAGCAGUCCCGGAUUACGUUCAAAGUGGUCGAGGAACGAGUAAUACCAUUACUCGGUAGGAAAACAUGCAUUGCACAGAAUCUGAUAACUCGAAUCGACUCUCUCGAGAUAGAUGACGUCGAGGUGUACGAUGGUCUUGGUUGUUUGAAGGGCUACAUUUAUGACAUCGACCUAGUAGAAAACGCACAGUGGGAAAGUCGACCAGCCAGGCACGUUCCCCACAGUAUUCGGGACCAAGUGAAGAAAGAACUUGAUGCAAUGGAAAAACUGGGAGUCAUCGAAAGGAUUCAUGAGCAUACACCAGUAGUAAGUGCCAUGGUUUUAGUUCGCCGUAACAACAAAUUAAGAAUCUGUAUUGAUCCAUCACAGGUCAAUCAAAAUUUGCUGAGACGUCAUCACCCGCUGACGACAAUGGAGGAAAUUUCUGCCAGACUGAAAAAUUCAAAGUGUUUCUCCAUAUUAGACUGCAAAAAAGGGUUUUGGCAGAUUCGUGUCACAGAAAGAACAUCCAAAUACCUCACAUUCGGUACCCCUUGGGGAAGGUACUGUUGCAAGUGGCUCCCUUUUGGUUUGGCAUCAGCACCAGAAGUAUUCCAAAAGGUUAUGCAAGAUAUUUUGGAAGGAAUAGAUGGAGUUGAGUGUUCAAUGGACGAUGUACUGAUACAUGCCGAGAACGAGUCUCACCUGGAAUCAAUCACCAAGGAAGUUAUAAGCCGCAUCAUUGCCUCCGGUUUAAAGCUAAAUAAAGAAAAAUGCAUAUUUAACAAACCGAAGGUAAAAUUCCUUGGACAUCUUGUGACAUCAGGAGGUCUAAUGGCUGAUCCUGAUAAGCUGACAGCUGUUCUGAACCUCAAAACACCAUCCAACAAAUUGCAGCUGCAGCGGGCGUUGGGGAUGAUUACAUAUCUGGCCAAAUUUGUUCCGAAUUUGUCGGCUAUAACAGCCCCACUACGAGCGCUACUCUCCAAAGACACGGCUUGGUCCUGGGAAAGCGAACAGGAGAUUGCGUUCCAGAAAAUAAAAAAGCUCAUGAUCUCCCCACCCGUACUGACAUUUUAUGACGUCAAUCUUCCCAUUGUCCUUUCAGUGGACGCCAGUUCGAAUGCAUUGGGAGCUAUGCUCAUGCAGGAAGGAAGACCAGUUGCCUAUGCUUCUAAAGCUUUGUCCAAGGCUGAAAUGAACUACCCUCAAAUAGGAAAAGAAGCAGCAGCUAUUAGAUUUGCUUGCCGAAGAUUUCAUCAAUAUAUCUACGGGAAAGCACUCAAAGUCGAAACAGACCACAAGCCUCUCGAAUCUAUCUUUCGGAAACCUUUGGAUAGAGCUCCGCCACGAUUACGCAGAAUAAGACUAGAAGUUGCACAGUAUAACCCACAAGUCGUUUAUGUUAAGGGAAAGAGCAUACCGAUUCCGGACAUACUCAGCCGUGACUGCACACAGCAUUGA